AUGGUAGAGAAUUACUGGCGUAUGGUAGUGUCCUCAUUACAGGAUUUGUAUAAUGCAAACGAAGCUACCCAAUUUGAUGAUGAUACAAUGGCAAAACGUAUGAAUUUUGAUUCUUUACCAGAAGAUCAAUUACAGAAUUACUUGUUACAAUUCCAAGGCCACCUUCAGAAUAUCAAUAAAGGUAGUGAAUUAAUAGAAUCAAUUCAAAAUAAUUUAACAAAGAUAUUGGAUGAACAGAAAAAGGAAGAAGAAAAUAAAGAAAAUGAGGAUAUUCAGGGACAAAAUGAUGAACAAUCUAACAUUAGUUCAAAAUUAGGUGUUAAUGAUUCAUCAACGACCACAGCUGCAGCUUCUGCCUCAAAAGCUAAAUCAGAAAUACCGAUAUCGAUUGCAGGAACGAAUGGGGAGGGAUCUAUUGGAGGUAGACAAUAUUGGGUUAGUCAGUACAAUUCUCCAGAUCCUAUUGUAACUGGAUCAGAAGUCGCAUAUAAACCACGUAAAGGUGGUGACGGUGAAUGGUUCCAAUGUGAAGUUAUUAAAGUGUUUCAUGAUAGAAUCAGAUACGAAGUACGCGAUCCUGAACCCGAUGAACUUGGAAAUACAGGGAAAGUAUUCAAAUGUAGUUGGAAAGAAUUGAUUUUAAUUCCAACUUUGAAAAGUGCAAGUAUAAGGUCUAAGACUCUCAAUUACCCUGCGGGUACCAAAGUACUUGCCAGAUAUCCAGAAACUACAACUUUCUAUCCUGCAGAGGUUAUCGGUAACAAGAGAGACGGUACCUGUAGACUGAGGUUUGAAGGUGAAGAAGAAGUAGACAAAGAGACAGAAGUACCAAGGAGACUAGUACUACCAUUCCCAAUGGCAUCUUCCACCCCGGCAAAGAAGUGA